GGGAAGCAGAGAAGGAGGGAAGAAAGGAAAGAAAGAAGGGAAGGGAAAGGAGGAAGAAAAUAAAAAAAGAAAGAAAGAGGGAAGGAAGGAAGGAAGGAAAGAAAGAAAGAAAGAAGGCAAGGCGAGAGCUCCGGGGAAGCUCGGGGGGACUUGGGGGGAGGCCAGGGCCGGGGUGAUCGGGGAUCCCGCUGAAGCCCCCUCGCCUCCUGCCUUGCCCGGAUGAAGCAGCCUGGGGGCCCCUGCUGCUGAGCGCCCUCCUCCAGCCCCUCGGGGGCGGCAUGCCCGGGGCCCUUGGGCUGGCUGCUGCCGGUGGCGCCGGGGCUGAGUCGGGGCCAGGCAUCAUCCUGCUUGCUGGCGGCCGGCUGCCGGGGGCCGAAGAUGGGCGCUGAGGGGGCGGUGGUGGCGCUGGCGCUGCUGAGCCUGGCCACCGCCAGCCUGGCCCUCUCCUCCUGCACCACGCUGGACCUGGAGCACCUCAAGAGGAAGCGGGUGGAGGCCAUCCGGGGCCAGAUCCUCAGCAAGCUGCGCCUGACCAGCCCCCCGGAGACGCCGGGCCCCAGCCACGUCCCCCUCCAGGUGCUGGCCCUCUACAACAGCACCCGCGAGCUCCUGGAGGAGAUGGAGCAGGAGAGGCAGGAGCAGGAGCAGCAGGGCGGGCAGCAGGCCCAGGGCUGCGCCCAGGACCACUCCGACUCCCAGUACUACGCCAAGGAGGUCCACAAGUUCGACAUGAUCCAGGCCUCGCCCGAGCACAAUGAACUGACUUUUUGCCCCAAACUGACUUCCAACCUGUUCCGCUUCAACGUGUCUUCAGCAGAAAAGAACAGCACCAACCUCUUCCGAGCUGAAUUUCGGGUUUUGCGAAUACCAAACCCCAAUGCCAAACGCACAGAGCAACGCAUUGAACUUUUUCAGAUCCUGAAGCCUGAUGAAUACAUUGCAAAACAGCGUUAUCUCAGUGGCCGGAAUGUGAUGACACGGGGAUCCCCUGAGUGGCUGUCCUUCGAUGUCACAGAGACUGUGCGUGAAUGGCUGCUGCAUAGAGAAUCAAAUCUGGGACUGGAGAUUAGCAUCCAUUGCCCAUGCAACACCUUCCAGUCCAAUGGUGUCAUUCUGGAGAACUUGAAUGAAGUGCUGGAGAUCAGAUUCAAAGGCAUUGACAGUGAGGAGAGCCAUGGGCGUGGAGACUUGGGGAGCUUGAAGAAGCAGAAGGGUCUUCACAACCCCCACUUGAUCUUGAUGAUGCUGCCCCCACAUAGGCUUGGAAGUCCUGCCUUAAAAAGCCAGAGGAAGAAACGAGCCCUGGACACCAAUUACUGCUUCCGAAACCUGGAGGAGAACUGUUGUGUGCGUCGUCUCUACAUUGACUUCCGGCAAGACUUGGGCUGGAAAUGGGUUCAUGAGCCUAAGGGGUACUUUGCCAACUUCUGCUCUGGACCUUGCCCAUACCUCCGCAGCGCAGACACAACUCACAGCACGGUGCUUGGCCUCUACAAUACGCUGAAUCCUGAAGCCUCUGCUUCCCCCUGCUGUGUGCCUCAAGAUCUGGAGCCACUCACCAUCUUAUACUAUGUUGGAAGGACCCCUAAAGUGGAGCAGCUCUCCAAUAUGGUGGUGAAAUCCUGCAAGUGCAGCUGAAAGGGACCCAGCAUCAUCUGCAGCUGAGAAACUUCAGUGACCCUAUCCGCUGCUCCCAAAAGAAAACAUGAAAAAACAGAACCUAAACAAACAGUUGCCUGGAGGAGGAGCAGUGUGACCCAGCCCUAUCACACUGUGAUCCAGGAGAACCUAUUCAUUCUGAAGACAUCUGAAAAGCAGAUCUGAUCUCUGUCUUCCUGGCUUUCUCUGGGAGACCCUUUUGCAAUUCUGAGGCCUCAAGAGGCAAAGACACAUAACUGGCUAGACAUUUAGUGGACAAAGGCAACCAAAUGAGGAGAAUCCCACUUAAGGAGGUAAGCAUUAGCAGAACUGUGGACAGAUGACAGGCAAAGAUAAAAGAGGACUUUUUGUCCCCUUUCCACAUCUUUCCAACAAAAAGAUGAAGGAAGGAAGAUAUUUUCAUAUUCCUUAUGAAGGAAGUCUUAGAGAGCUGACUAUAUUGGAAAUAAUUAUUCUGCAAAGAGAGUGCAUGCAGGAUGAAUCUGUGGCCCAAACUUUUCAGAAGGGGCUGUUGAGAGAGUACCUGUUGCCAUGAUUCCUACCAAGGUGAAUUCUUCUGCAGUUUCUCCCUUCAUCCUGGAGUAUCUGCCUGAUGUCUUUUGGGUCAGAGGAGGAACCUUUGCUUUUUUGCCUCAACCCAAUCUUCUUAGGUGGUAAUCUUCAGAGGAGCCUGUAUUUGCUGUGCAGAUUUAGGUAUCUGCACAUCUCUUGCACAAGGACCUGGCCCAGGCCAUGCCUGUCCAAGGUUUUAUUAAAAAGUAUUAAUCUCAAAUAUAAUUAAAAAAAUAAAUAUUUUUUGGAAAUUGGAAUUUUCUGCUCAAAACCUUUUUGGUUAAGGGACAACAGGAGGUAUCCACUGUGGAUGAAUCUAAGGUGAUAUGUAAUAUAAGAUGGCUAUCUUGUGAGAGCCUGCUCUUUAGGAGUUGUUCAAUCUUGACUGAUGCAUGUCCAGAUAAACUUUGUGGGAUUAGUUCUGAACAGAUGAAACUGGGGGUGAAUCUGUGUUCCAGUGAGAAUAAAAUCACUUAGUUCACUA